GGGACGGGGUUCGUAUGCCUGCUGUGAGCGCUCUGCCCGAAUCCAAAAUGGCCGCCUGCAGCCUCCGUUGCCGUCAGGUGACCUGAACCUUUUGGCCGUCACGUGCUCCCCGUGGAGCCUUGUGCGAGUAGGCCACGUGGCUGAAGGGUUGUAGGUGGGUCUCCAAAUUCAGUGCAUUUUGGCAGUGCUUUGAGUGAAAAUCAAGGUUGUAUACUGGUGAAUGAAGACUAGAUGUGGAUUUCAAGUCCAGGAUGGCUGAGAAGAGGAGCUCAGGUGGACAAUCACUUCUGCUGUUGCUGAUCAUUGCUGUGGCCUUUGCUCAUUUAACUGUCUGUCCAUUUACAAAAGUGGAGGAGAGCUUCAACCUGCAAGCCAUCCAUGACAUUGUGUACCACAGAUUGGACUUGGAGAAGUACGAUCAUCAUGAAUUUCCUGGAGUUGUCCCAAGAACGUUUCUUGGACCAGUCUUUAUUGCUGCACUUUCCAGCCCAGCUAUAUAUAUGCUGUCUAGGUUGCAAAUGUCCAAGUUUUACUCCCAACUGAUAGUUCGAGGAAGUCUGGGGCUUAGUGUGAUUUAUGCAUUAUGGAAGUUAAGGAAAGAAGUUAGAAAGCAGUUUGGAUCAACUGUAUCAACGAUCUUCUGUCUAAUAACUAUUACUCAGUUUCAUCUAAUGUUUUACUGCACCCGAACACUUCCCAAUAUGUUCGCAUUUCCUAUUGUUCUCCUGGCACUUACAUCUUGGAUACAACAAAAGCAUGCACCAUUUAUUUGGUUCUCAUCACUGGCAAUUAUUGUCUUCAGAUCAGAGCUCUGUAUAUUCUUAGGUCUCAUGCUUCUGGUGACAUUAUUAAGUAAAAGAAUUUCCAUUUUAAAGAUGCUUUCUCAUGCUGUUGCUGCUGGCCUUUUUUGGUUAGGACUAACAAUUGCUGUGGACUCUGUGUUUUGGAGGCAGCUUCUAUGGCCUGAGGGGAAAGUGCUUUGGUAUAAUAUAGUUUUAAAUAAAAGUUCCAACUGGGGAACUUCUCCCUUCUUGUGGUAUUUCUAUUCAGCCUUGCCUCGAGCUUUGGGAUGCAGUAUUAUUUUCGUGCCUCUAGGAGCAGCAGACAAAAGGACUCGGGUAUUACUUCUACCAACUCUGGGUUUUAUUUUUUUGUAUUCCUUUCUCCCACACAAAGAGCUGCGGUUUAUCAUAUACACUUUCCCCAUCUUCAACAUAGUGGCUGCCAAAGGUUGCACGCGAAUAUUGAAUAAAUACAAAAAAUCUUGGCUAUAUAAACUAGGAUCUCUGUUGGUUAUGACACAUCUCCUAAUUAAUGCUGCUUAUUCAGGAAUAUCACUUUAUGUUUCGCAUUUCAAUUACCCUGGAGGAGUUGCAAUACAGAAAUUACAUGAGUUAGUACCUUCCACAGCAGAUGUCUCUGUUCAUAUUGAUGUGACUGCUGCACAGACUGGAGUGUCUCGAUUUUUAGAAGUCAACUCAAAUUGGAGGUAUGACAAAAGGGAAGAUGUUAAACCAGGGGACCAGAUGAUGAUGUCUUAUACGCACAUUCUAAUGGAAAUGGAUCCCAUUCAAAUAUCUCCUUACAAGACGACCCAUCGACCUCUCGCACACAUAUCUGGCAUCAAUAGAAUUGGGUUGAACUUUACUACACUACCUCCUUUGAAUUUAAACUUAAAAACAAAAUUAAUACUGUUGGAAAAGCUUGCUAGCUCUUCUUGACCAUUCAUUUUAAAAGAGUGUUUUGACAUAACUUCACUGAUGACUCAGUCUCCAAAACAAUUGCAGCUUGCCCUGCUAACAAUGGAAUUCAGCAGAUAUGGAGAAAAUACAAUCUUUGUACUGGUUAUUUUAUUUACCUGCACCUCUGUUUCACAUAAACUACAGAAAGCAUCCCAAGUUUAUAUAGGUCUAAUUCACAUCAUGGUAGAGCUGCACAUUGUAUUUAUUAUCUUUGAAAUGUUUUCAAAAUUCUUUAGAAUUGGUUUGAUAUACAUGUUUUUAAAUGCUUGGUGUAAAGAUAGAAUGGAACAGACUUGUGCUAUUCUGUGGUAUUUUUAUAUGUAAUCCUUGGGCAUUACACAUGAACUGCUUGAUGGUUCUACUCUAUAAAUGAUGGUUUUUCCCACUGAAUCAUAUGGAAUUUAUAAUCUCAUUUUGUAUCAUAGCAGGGGCACAUUUAUUGUAGCUUUUGUGCUACAAUAAGUAAUGUUACAAAAAUCCAUUUGAAAAAUUCUUUUAUUUCUUUUGGCAAGUACCACCUUGAGAGAGUUGGGUGUUAAAGGAUAGUUCAUCACAUUCUUACACAAAAUAUGUAGAAAGGACUACUUAGACUGCAGAGAAAAAUAUUUAAUAUUUUUAGUGGAAAAUAAUCCUUUUUCUUCACUAUCUUGACAUGUAACACAAAUUUGUACCUAUAAAGUUC